AUGGUUCAAUCGUCCGUCCUAGGUUUCCCAAGAAUUGGUGCCAACAGAGAACUAAAGAAGACCACCGAAGCCUACUGGCAAGGUAAGGUCGGCGUUGAGCAAUUGCUCAAGGUCGGUAAAGACAUCAGAGCUAACAACUGGAAGUUGCAACAACAAGCCGGUGUCGAUGUGAUUGCCUCCAAUGACUUCUCGUACUACGACCAAGUCUUGGACUUGUCUAUGCUAUUCAACGUCAUCCCAGAACGUUACGCUAAGUACAACUUGGCCCCAAUUGACACUUUCUUCGCCAUGGGUAGAGGUUUGCAAAGAAAGGCCACCGAGACCGAGGCUGCCGUCGAUGUGACUGCCUUGGAAAUGGUGAAAUGGUUCGACUCUAACUACCACUACGUCAGACCAACCUUCUCCCACUCGACCCAAUUCAAGUUGAACGGUCAGAAGCCAGUUGACGAAUAUUUGGAAGCCAAGGCCCUUGGAGUUCAAACCAGACCUGUCCUUUUGGGUCCUAUCUCUUACUUGACCUUGGGUAAGGCCGACAAGGACUCUUUGGACUUGGAACCAUUGUCUUUGCUACAAAAGUUGAUCCCACUUUACGCUGAGAUCUUGAAGAAGUUGGCUGAAGCUGGUGCCACCUCCGUCCAAUUGGACGAACCAGUUUUGGUUUUGGACUUGGACGAAAAAGUUCAAGCCGCUUUUAAGACCGCUUACGAAUCCUUGGCUUCUCAAUCCGGCUUGCCAGCCAUCACUCUAGCUUCUUACUUCGGUACCGUUGUUCCAAACUUGAGCGCCAUCAAAGGCUUGCCAGUCGCCGGUUUCCACUUCGACUUUGUCAGAAACCCAGAGCAAUUGGACGAUGUUAUCUCCAUUUUGAACGACAACCAGACUUUGUCUGCCGGUGUCGUUGACGGUAGAAACAUUUGGAAGAACGACUUCGCCAAGUCUUCUGCCAUUGUUCAAAAAGCUAUCAAAAAGUUGGGUAAGGACAGAGUUAUUGUUGCUACUUCUUCUACUUUGCUACACACUCCAGUUGACUUGGAGAACGAAAAGAAGUUGAACCCUGAAAUCAAGGACUGGUUCUCUUUCGCUACUCAAAAGGUCAAGGAGGUUGUCAUUAUCGCCAAGAACGUUUCUGGCGAGGACGUCUCCGCCGAAUUGAAGGCUAAUGCCAAAUCCAUCUCCACCAGAGCCUCCUCUAACAUCACUAACAACCCAGCUGUCCAAAAGAGAGUUGCUGCUAUUGACGAAAAAAUGUCUAAGCGUUCUUCUCCUUUCCAAGAAAGAUUGGCUGAGCAACAAAAGGCUUUCAACUUGCCAUUGUUCCCAACAACCACCAUUGGUUCUUUCCCACAAACCAAGGACAUCAGAGUCAACAGAAACAAGUUUGUCAAGGGAACUAUCACUCCUGAGGAGUACGAAAAAUUCAUCAACGCUGAAAUCGAAACUGUCAUCAGAUUCCAAGAAGAGAUCGGCCUAGAUGUCUUGGUUCACGGUGAACCAGAAAGAAACGAUAUGGUUCAAUACUUCGGUGAACAAAUCGAUGGUUACACCUUCACCACUAACGGUUGGGUUCAAUCUUACGGUUCCAGAUACGUCAGACCACCUAUUAUUGUUGGUGACUUGUCUAGACCUAAGCCAAUGUCCGUCAAGGAAUCUGUCUACGCUCAAUCCAUCACUACCAAGCCAUGCAAGGGUAUGUUGACAGGUCCAGUUACCUGUUUGAGAUGGUCUUUCCCAAGAGACGAUGUUGACCAAAAGACUCAAUCUCUACAAUUGGCUCUAGCCUUGAGAGACGAAGUUAACGACUUGGAUGCCGCUGGUAUCAAGAUCAUCCAAGUUGACGAACCUGCUUUGAGAGAAGGUUUGCCAUUGAGAGCCGGUGAAGCCCGUACUGCUUACUUGCAAUGGGCCGCUGAAUCUUUCAGAAUCGCCACUUCUGGUGUCCCUAACGGUACUCAAAUCCACUCGCACUUCUGUUACUCAGACUUGGACCCUAACCACAUCAAGGCUCUAGACGCCGAUGUCGUUUCGAUCGAGUACUCUAAGAAGGACGACCCUAACUACAUUGCUGAAUUUUUGAACUACCCAAACCACAUUGGUCUAGGUUUGUUUGACAUUCACUCCCCAAGAGUUCCAUCCACUGAGGAAUUCAACACCAAGAUCUCCAAGAUUUUGGAAUCGUACCCAGCCGAAAAGUUCUGGGUCAACCCUGACUGUGGUUUGAAGACCAGAGGCUGGGAAGAAACCAAGUUGUCCUUGACUCACAUGGUUGAGUCUGCCAAGCACUUCCGUGAGAAGUACGCCAAGAAAUAA